AUGUCUACCAACGGCGAUUAUGAAGACACCCACCACGGCCUGUCAGCGCUGCCCACCACUGAUGCUCCUGCUGCCGCUGGUUGGACCGUGCCUGACGUCCCUUUGGACGCCUCAGCUCAUGUAUCUGCGGCCGAAGCAUGUGUAUACAAGUGGUGCGAAGAGUACGGUGACGUCGGUCCUCGCGACCAAAGUCUGGAACAUGAUCUCUUCGGACCUGAGGUUGACCGUGGUCUUGACGGUAUUGACUAUGCCAAGGUAUCGGAGGUCGCUGUGAUCCAAGAGGGACCUACCCAAAUCAAGCCAGUCGCUAAGUUUGCUGACGCUGGUCUGCAUCCUGCGAUGCUUGAAAACAUCGCGAUGGCGGGUUACAAGGACCCGACACCCAUCCAGCAGUAUGCGAUCCCUGCCAUUGUCUUGAACAACGACGUGAUUGGCAUUGCACAGACCGGUUCUGGCAAGACUGCAGCCUACAUGAUUCCCAUCCUGAGCAAACUCAUGGGCAAGGCGAAAAAGUGGGCGGGUGUUCGUCCCGAUCCGACUUCACAAAUGGCCGUGACUGCUGAACCUCUGGUUCUCAUCAUUGUGCCAACGCGAGAGCUUGCCAUCCAAAUCUUCAACGAAGCUCGCAAGUUCUGUUACCGCUCCAUGCUCCGCCCGGCCGUUGUCUACGGCGGUGGUACCAUGAGCGCCCAGCGGGAGCUUCUCAGCCGCGGUUGUGACAUCCUCAUUGGUACCCCUGGACGUCUGAAGGACUUUGUGGUGCGCGCUGAUCGUACCUUAAGUCUCCACCGCCUCAAGUACGUGGUUAUUGAUGAAGCUGAUGAGAUGCUUCAUGACGAUUGGCACGAUGAGCUCAACCCUAUCUUGAACGCACAGCAACAGCUUGGCGCCAUGCGCUACGUUAUGUUCUCUGCGACGUUCCCCAAGGCGGCCCGGGACCUGGCCAAAGAGUAUCUAGCCGAAGACCACGUCAGGUUCCGAGUUGGUCGCGCUGGCAGCACAACGGCCAACAUUCGCCAGCGCAUCAUCGAGGUUCGAAAGGAAGAGAAGCACGCCAACUUGCUGGCGCUUCUCGACGCCAUCACUGGCGUACGAACGAUCAUCUUCUGCAACUCGCAUUUCUCUGUCGAUCACGUUGAGGAUUUCCUCUUCCACAAGGGAUAUCCCGUGGUCUCUAUCACGAGCCAACGGUCGCAGCUCGACCGUGAAUUCGCGAUGCGUCGCUUCCGCUCUGGAAACGCCCCCAUUCUCGAAUUGCCCAGCAUGGACUAUGGCGGCAUCGAAGAAUACACGCAUCGCAUUGGUCGCACAGGUCGCAUUGGCCGCAACGGAUUGGCAACAUCUUUCUUCGGUGAUAGGGACGAGCCCAUCGCCGACGUGUUGGCUCGCACCCUUGUUGAAGCUGGCCAGGACAUUCCCGAGUUCCUUCAAGACUACCUUCCCGACAGCAUCACGAAGGAAACUGUCAAGUUUGAGACCGAAUCUGACUUUGACGAGACCGAAGCGCAGGCCGGCGACGAAGCAGAUGGUGGUGCUGGAGGUGGCGCAUGGGGAGGCGAAGCAGGCGGUACCAGCAACAACGAUACAGGAGGUGCUUUUGGUGCCGACAAUGGUACCUCUGCUGGAGGCGAUGCCUGGGGUACGACAACCUCUGCCCCUGUCGAGCAGCAGCCUCAGGCUACAGCGGCUUGGUGA